CUGUUCAGUUGCAAGGCGUCCCUGCUGUAGCUCUCAGGCAGGCGGCUCAGUUCUUCGUAAAUCGCCUCUUCAACGUCCUGGUUGGUCUUUGGCAACCUUUCAAUAGCUGGCAGGUAGCCUUGCAGAUGUUGCAACGUGCAGAAGAACACCAACAGUACAAGCAAGGCGACUACAAGCACAAUUCUUUUACGGAACAUUUAUGGCAUGGUCUCGAUGAUAACCUCAAACAUCGAAGUUUGUUGGAAACAUGCGGCGCUUCAUAGAUAUUGGGGCCAAUCUGACCGAUGGGAUGUAUCAGGGGAUGUACAAUGGGUCGAAAAAACACGAUGCGGAUAUUGGUGGCGUGUUGAAGCGUAGUUGGGAGGGCGGAUUGAGCAAGAUGAUUAUCACAGGAGGGAGUCUUGAGGAAAGCCAGCGGGCCAUUGACUUAGCCAGGACUGAUGAUAAACUUUACGCUACCGUGGGCUGUCACCCCACCAGAUGCUUGGAGUUCGAAAACUCCGGAUGCUCCCCCGAAGAAUAUCUCGCCAAUUUAGGGAGCCUCGUGAACGCCAACCGGGACAAAGUGGUCGCUUUUGGAGAGUGCGGCCUGGACUAUGAUCGGCUGCAGUUUUGCCCCAAAGAAACCCAAAAAAAAUACUUGCAGCUUCAAUUGACGCUGAACGAAUCGCUGGAUUUGCCGCUGAACGAAUCGCUGGAUUUGCCGCUGUUUUUGCACUGUCGCAACGCUGCCGCCGAUUUACAAAACCUUUUGGCCCCCUACAGCUUUAAAGGGGUGGUGCAUUCGUUUGAUGGGACUGUUGAAGAAGCGCGCAAGUUUAUCGACUUGGGGUACUUUAUCGGGGUGAAUGGAUGCUCUUUGAAAACGCCCGCGAACUUGGAAACAGUUAAGCAACUGCCCAUUGAAAAGUUGCUGAUGGAAACAGACAGUCCAUGGUGUGAAAUCAGACCCACGCAUGCCGGCUAUCGGUUUUUGCAGGAAGAAAACAAGUCAAUUCCUGCGGUGAAGAAGGAGAAAUUCAAGGAGGGCUGCUUGGUGAAGGGCAGGAAUGAGCCGGUUAAUAUCAGGCAGGUUUUAGAUGUGAUUGCCGGCGUGAAGAGCGAGUCCGCCGAUAAAAUCUGCGAGCGCAUAUUUCAAACCACCAACGAAUUGUUCUUCUCUUGAAAUCCCGGAUUUUAUAAAAAAGUUUAUUCAACAACAUAUUCUCUUAACAAUAUGCGAACUUAAAUAAAUUAAAAUGUUCGACAAUAAAA